AUGGCCUCUCCCCGCUCACCAGCAUCCUCGGCCAGCAGCGCCGGCUCGAGACAGUCCCUCGACCCAGGCCGCCAUCGUCCUCAGACGCUCGAGGAUCUUGUGAACCACUUCGUCGCUGCGAAGCGCGCCUUGAACUCGCAAACCGUGCUCUGGCGCGCCAACGACAUCGUGACCACGGCGCGGGAGCUGCUCGAGGAGAAUGCAAUCCUAGCGGCAAAGAACGCCUCCAUACGGAGUCUGGUAGAGCAGCAGGUAGACACCCUCGAGGCCGUCCGUCGCGGCGUAGACGUAGUAGAGGCCGAAGUCCAGGUUGAAUUCAAGCAACUGCUGCACCAUGUCGACACCUCCUUCUCAGGCUUGAACUCGACCCUCGCCGUGCUGCGCGAAACGCCCAUCGAGGCUGCCUUACAGCCCCCGGCCACCCCGCAGAAGCACCUCUACGACUUCAUCGACAGCGCCACCGUCUCCAACCUCGAAGCCACCUUGCGAGCCUGCAUCGACCGCUACAACGACGCGCUAGCCACGCUCGGCGACACCAACGAUGCGUUUGAUACUUCCCUCGACAACCUGCACUCCUCCAUCGAGAACGUCCCAAUGACCCCUGCCACCACAUCAAACCCAAGCCCAAUACCGACCCUCUACCACGCUCUCGAAGGACAUGCCAAAGAGGCCGCGCGCGCGUUCCAAGGGCUAGUACAACACUAUGACCUGUGUGUUACAGCGCUGCAACACACAGAAGGAGGAUCAGCUGCUGCAACCCAAGCCACAGGAGACGCACCCUCUCAGUCAGCCGAUGACUUUGCAGCCCCUCCCGAGCCCAUGGGCGAGGAAGAGCGCCAAGAAAUGCUGGCCGUGCUACAGAAUGACGCUCAAGAGGUCGACGAGGUGGUGUCAGAGAUACGAGAGCGAGGUGCAGAGAUGACAUUCCUCCUCAACCAGAUCGAGAACCACAUCAAUCAUCUCCGCAGCGAAGCGUCAGCCCUCUCGAGCAUACUACAGAUGAUAGCACACGUCACUGCCGAUGUCAGAUCGCACUUACUAACAUCGCGCUCUUUCCACGCAUCCUGGCUCCACGACACACGACCUACCCUCUUGAAUGGUAUUGAAGAGUGGGAAAACCAGCGCGAGUUUUACGAGCGCUUCGACCUCGCCUAUGCCGAGCUGCUGGUCGAGGUCUCUUCACGCCGAAGGAGACAUGAAAAGGCGAAGCGAAAGGCCGAGGAAGCCCAGAAGGAGUUGGAUAGAUUGUUCGCCGAGGACGAGCGUGCGAGAGAACAGUUCGCACUCGCCCAGGGCGAUUUCCUGCCUCUGGAUAUCUGGCCAGGCCUCAGAGAUGCGCCGAGGCAAUAUGAGGUCAGGGCCGUCGCAUCAGACAUGCACGACGAUGAGGACACGGAAGCGCAGGAAGAGACGAGAGGUCAGAUCGUGAAGAGCAUCCCGCAGCUCGGGAGGAAUGUGGUCGAGCGAGCCUUGACGAGGGUGAAGAGGAGGAUGUGA